UUGUGGUGGAUAAAGUAGCUAUCUGCGUAGCCAGCGUUAGAAAAAGGACUACAGCUUGAUUUUUUCAAGUACCUUUAUGGAUUAGAAAUAACACCUGCUAAUGGAACAUCCGUGAAUUUCUGUGCUCUGUGGGAAAAGGCUUUUCCACCAUGCCCUCAUGUAGAAUCUUUGCGACCUAUUCUCCAUGGCUUCUGGUGGCUCUUCACCCCGCGAGGGCCGCAAGAGAAAGAAGAAGAGCGAUGGUAGCUUGAGAGGUAAAAGUGGGACCACAGAUGAGUCACAGGCCCAGGCAGACAUCGAUAAGUUAACAUCAGCAGGACACAGUGCACUGAAAAGAGGCGACUGUCUCGAAGCCCUGAACUGCUUCAAGAAGGCUUACAAAGCAGCAGUAGAGAUCAAGGAGACAAAAGUACAUCGAGCAUGUGCCUUCAACCUGGGUGCUGCUUACGUGGAGGCUGGCAAGCCUCAAAAAGGCCUGGACUUCCUGAGGAAAGCCCAGCCAGGUGAGAGGAGGGAGCGGGUGGCAGACCUCCAGUACAACCUGGGCGUGGCCCACGAGGCGUUGGAGGAUCUGGCCCAGGCGGCAGGGCACUAUCUCCAGGCCGCGCAGCUCUACCGCUCGCAGGGAGAUGGGAGCAGCGAGGGGGACACCUGCAUGAAGCUGGCUCGCUGCCACAUCCGCAUGAAGGACUGGAUUCAGGCCGCUGAGGUGUUCCAGAGGGCCGCAGAGAGCUACCGGGUGGCGGGCCGCCUGGACUCUGCAGCCGUGGCCCUGAAGCAGGCAAGCACCCACAUGCUCCAGAGUGGGAGUUUCUCGUCUGAGGACGUCAUCGGCGUGCUGUCUCAAUGCCUGGAGCUCAGCGUGAGCCUCACAGACCAACACACACUUGGGAAGCUGUACAAUGAGCUUGGCCUGAGCUUCUCCCAGCUGAAGCUGUUUGGGGAGGCAGCUGAGUGCUAUGAGCAGGCCCUGCCUCUGGUGCGGUCCAAACCACGCAGGCUCGCCGUGGUACUGCAGAACCUGGGUGCGGUCCACAACACUCUGGGUCAGUACCAACAAGCGUUGGACUACCACAGAGAGGCAGCAGCCUUGCAUGGGUCCCAGGGUAGCCGUCGGGCUCAGGGCCGCUGCUUCAGUAACCUGGCCUUCGCUCUCACUCAGCUCGGAGAGCUGGAGGAGGCCGGCGAGAGCUACCUUCACGCUCUGCAGGCCUUCAAAGACACAGAGGACCACAUGGGGCAGUGGCAGGCUUGUGAGGGUUUGGGGGAAAUACGACUUCAGCUCAGAGACCCUGACAAAGCCACGCUGUACUACAAACAAGCCCUGGGCAUGCUAUCCAAGUGUAAGGAUGCUGAUGGCUCGGUGCAGGAGCGGCUGGUCAAUAAACUGAGCGAAGCCCUGCAGCUCCGACUCUCCGUCCAGCAGAGGGGUCCUGUUCCAAGGCGAGCCAAUCAGAAUCGCAGUCUCCACGGCCAACCUCGAAGAGUGACCCAUCUGAAUGGAGGGGAGUCUUUUCAGAGCCAUCCACUCAGAAAAAAUCAAUCAAACAACCACAAAGCAGAGAAUGGAUUUCUGGUGGGAGCUGCGGCCUCGUCUUUGGGGGCAGGUGGAGAACAGCGGCCCCGUGGAGAGACAGCGAUGCCGCACACACAGUCACACUCACAUCCUGGACCACCUCUCACACAGCCGCCAGAACACCUGUCUGGGCCUCCAGAGACCAACAGGAAUCUCAAUAACACGUAUGAGCAACCUGACGGUCAGAACCUGGACCAGCUCCGGUCGGACCCGCCCACAGAUACGGAGCACAGUGACCCCUUGCACGAAACAAUCCAACAGACCACUACGGAGCAGAGCAAGGAGCUGCCAGUGUCCCAGGGAGCAGAUGUGACUGGUUUAAAAGAGACAGACUCUGGGAACAAUGGGACCGCUGUGCCACCGCUCGUCAGAUGGAAAUCCAGAUUUUGCACCAUUAUGUGAAUGUUGCCCCGGGCAUGGACAGUCUUUUUAUUGUCUAUUGUGGGGAGUAAUUAUUAUUUAUUUGUAUGUUUAUUUAUUUAUUUAUCUUAAUUGUGUAUUUAGUUAUGCACAUGGUCUCCCGCAAAUGGCGGUGGACAGGCAUGCUAAAUCAUGGUUAAUCCUCCAACAUCGCUUCCAAAAAACACCUGUUUAAACAUCUUGGAUCGUCCAGAUGCUUUUUCAACAUUAACGUUAUCCACAGAUCAUUCCUGUACACCAAGCUAGUUCCUGUGGGGUCGCUUUUCUAGACAAGUGUGCCGCACGUGGUGGCAUUAAAGCCCUGAUUUCAAUCUGGUGUGAUGACGUUAUCAAAAUCAUGACUUAUGGCUUGACUAAUGGCCGAAUUUGCCAGAUGAGUUGCAGAUGUCAGAGGAACCAAGAACGGUAUUAAUGUCAUGCGUU